UUCGCGGCAAAAAAGAUUUGGCGCGUAAAUCUUUGAGCAAGUUCCGAUCAGCUGGAACAAAAAACAACAAUAACAAAAGUGACUCCGACCGCACCGGCUCGCGAGGACCCUCCCGAUGACAUCUGUGAGCCUUUGAAUGGAUUUAUGCAUUUAAAAUAAACGUUUUAAAGGACUUUGAUAUUAUUUUGAGGUGCAUUUUUAAAAACUUCCUGGGUGGAUUGAUUCAAGAGACACAAGCGGGGGAUAUUUUGGAUUACAUUGUCUCAUAAAACGGGAAACUGCACUUUGGCUUUGUUCUUCAGGCGGAACGGGUUUUGUUAUUAUAUUUAUCUUUUCUAAAAUUGUGUAAUUCUAAACGUAUUGCUCAAGUUUACUAAUACUGAUGUAAUACAUACAUCUAAAUACUCCGUUUAUUAUAAAAACACCCCAACUACAUUAGAAUGGACUUUUAGGGGUUUAAUCUAAACUAUUUGAUGUUUUAAUGCACUUUAGAGUUAAAUGUUGUUUUGCAUCUUUAUUAUACGGUCCUCAUUUAUAAAAGACUGCUUUUUAGUUGUUUUCAAUCGCAGUUUUCUAAACAAUGGACUAAUAACGCAGAACUGAUCACGCGUGCGCCUGUAAUGCAUUUAUAUGUUUAUGAAUGACGUGUUUGGCAUUACUUUAAACGUCAAGUUUUAGGGUAAAGUGGUUGUUUUUGUUUUGCAAAAGGACCUUGACCCAGAUAUGGGCCUUGUUGUUUCAGAGACUCGCCCAUAUGUUUGAACAUGGCUGAUUCAGUCGUGCCCAGUUUAGUCCUCACUAUUGUGUGCGUUUUUUGUUCACCCAAUCAUCCUUUAGUUUACAUGCACUGAGUUUAAGGGUUAAGGUUUGAGACCAUGUCUGAGAGUUAUAUAUCGGGUCAGACAUCAGAGGAGCUGCUGGCUGAUUUCGAGUCUCUUUUCAAUAAUGGCAGUAUUGAUCUCAGUAACGACCAUCAGAUUGUCAUCAUAUCGACCCCGAGCACGAGCAGCACUUCUGCGGGAGACAUCCUGCUGUUCGCCACCCCACACAACACCGCGACCACCGCCGUCAACACCCAACCCGAACACCGGAGAGCAACACUGGGCAGACCCCCGGUAAAGAGGAAGUUGGAUUUGGACAGUGAUCAUCAGUACAUUUGUACUUCCAGAAGUCCUUCACAUGGACCUGCACCUCCAGCCACACCCGCACCACCCAGAGUGCCCAGAGUGUCCACAGAGAAGUCUCGCUACGACACGUCUCUCAAUCUGACCACCAAACGUUUUCUGGAUCUGCUGGCUCAGUCUCCAGAUGGUGUGGUUGAUCUGAACCGGGCCUCUCAGGUGCUUGACGUCCAGAAACGACGCAUCUAUGACAUCACCAACGUCCUGGAGGGAAUUCGGCUGAUCUCCAAGAAGUCCAAGAACAACAUUCAGUGGUUGGGGAAUCGUAUAGACGGAGCAUCGGUGGCGAGGUUUCAGGAGCUUCAGAGAGAGUUGUCUGAAUUGACGGACACGGAGGAGAAACUUGAUGAUCUGAUUGAAAAAAGCAGCCUGCAACUACGACUGCUCACAGAAGACUCACAUAACAAAAAGCUGGGGUACAUAAGAUGUCAGGACCUUCGUGAGACCGUGGAUCCUCCAGAUCAGAUCGUCAUGGUGAUUCGAGCACCACCUGAAACACAGAUGCAGGUGUCAGAACCAUGUGAGGGCUACCAGAUUUCUCUGAAGAGCUCCAGAGGUCCAAUUGAUGUGUUUCUUUGCCCUGAGGACAGUUCUGGGGUUUGUAGUCCUGUCACAGAUUGUAGUCCAGCUAAAUCAUCCAGUCAGAGCCCUCCGCAGUCUGAACCCGCCCCACAGGAAGUGACAUCAACACCAACUACACUCCCGAGCUCCUCCCCUCUGCCGCUGGGUAAUGACUCCGAGCCUUUUCUGGACUCUGAUCCGUUUUCUGGCAAUUGUUUGAUGCCGGAUUUUGAUUUGUCUCCCCUGGACUCUGACUUCCUGCUUGAGCGGAGCGACGGUGUGGACGGCAUCGGCCUCCCAUUGGACAGUUUCAUCUGUUUGUCUCCUCCACACAAUCAGGAUUAUCACUUCGGCCUGGAGGAGCACGAGGGCGUCAGCGAGCUCUUCGACUGCGACUUCAGUGACCUCGGCCCUCUGGAGUUUUAAAAGACAGAUUUAAGGAUUCCUUUCGUUUCCUUUUCUGCUCUCGAUUCCUGGUGUGAUUCCACGUUGAUUCACUUUUCAAUCCGGAUCUAAACACCUCUGAAUCAGGGUCCAGAUUCAGCACUCGAGUGCUCACGAGCACUGCCAUUUAAUUUAUUAAUAGAAUGAAUAAGUCACCUUUAAUCUCUGUUAGUUUGUCUUUGGUUUUAUUGUAUUGUGUUCAUGUUGUGAAGGUUUUAGGAUGUUGUGAUCUUACCAGAUAGAGGUAUGAAUAUAAACUGACGAGGUUUUAAUGGAAUAUUUCUCAGGAAUAUUUCGGGAGUGAUGAUGUGCUAGUUACCGGAUGUAUUUAGGGUCUCGUACCGCAUGCUGCAUGAUAAUCGAUUGGGUUUUCUUUCAAGUGGCUUUAGCUUCACAAACAUCAAUACACAAACUUACAGGGAAACAACAACUUUAUUCACAGUUGUAAGUUCACAUCAAUCAAUAUUCAGUUUCUAAUCAUUAUUAUUAUAUUCAGGUUCAUUCACACACAAAUACAUAUUUCCUAAUGUUUAUCAUGUCGCAGAUUUAAGUGCAUUCAGUUCUGCAUCUUUUUAAAGUUUGUUUUGUAGAGAUGUUUGUUCAUCUACAUUUAUGGAUUAUUGCAGGAGGACUUUUUGCAGCUUAAUUUAUAUCAGAUGCAGUAAACACGCAAACAUUACAGUCCUGCUUUAAAACCUUAAAACUCAUCUGUCUUGCGUUUUAUAAUGUAUUUUUGUUUGUGAGUGCGCAUGUGUGUGUUUGUGUGUGUGUGUGUGUGUGUGUGUGUGUAAAUGUCUCCAACUUAUCUUAAAUAUUAACUUUAAUAUUUAAAAAGCACUAUAUAUUAUAUAGAAGUGUAUAUAUUUAGUUUUCUUGAUCUGAUUGGUUUCUCCUCACAUCUCUCUUUAGAUAUCAGGUGUUUGAGUUUGUGAAUCCACUUAAACCGUGGUAUUAGUUACAGUCAAUCAGAUGGGUUAUAAUGAUAUAAUAUCAUUGUUUUGGGAUAUUUAAAAGUGUUUUGUUAGGAUAUUUAAUAGGUAGAUAUAAAGGGAUCCAAUAUUUGAUCAGAUAAAAUGAUGUAGAUUUAUUGGCUUGUUCUGUUUUCUGAAGGCAGCUUUUAUUGUUUGGUUGAUGAAAUGUGUUUGUUGUUUGGUUUGUGUUUAUAAGCUGAGUUGUCUGAGAUCAUUCUCCUAACAGAAUUGGUUAGCGUUUCACUUCAUCUAGUUGUUUAACAGCAAAGUGAGACUUUAUCUUCACCGUUUACUUUAAGCACUUAAAAGUGGACAAAAGCUAAGCUUAACGUUUACUUUCGAGAGGAAAUACAAUCUGAAUUGAAGUCAUUUAACAUUAAAUGAGGAUUAUGACUUUAUUUCUUUUGGAGUUUUCUUGUUCAAAAGUUUUAAAUUGUAAAAGCAGUAACACAUUCGUGUGUUUGGAGUUCUUGUGAUGCUUUAUUGCUGUAAUACUCUUAGAAAAGCAAUGGAUGUUAGUCAUCUUUAUUCCUGUCAAUCUUUCAGAUGUUAUUGAUCACCUGUCAUUCAAAACUCUUCUUGAUUGUGUCUUUGUUCUGAUGACAUUUUCAAUAAAUAUCUGUUAUUGCCAUUUUAA